UCACAGAAAACUGGGAAAAGUCCAAGGGGCGGAGCAGCCAGCCUACAGAAGGAAAGGGGAGACAAAUUAAAGCACAAACCGACCCUUGAUUCAAGCGGCGGAAGUCCAAAGUCUGGGGGAUUCCUGCUUGUUUAUUUGGGUACGACUGGUUUCGACCUGAAGAUCGCUAACGAUAUAGGAGAUACGGAUCUGCUAUCGGGAAGUUAAGAUGGCAAAUGAAGCGAAGCCGUGUCCCUGUGACAUCGGGGACAGGAUGGACUACGGAGCUUCGGGGAUUGAGGUCCAGCUCGAGCACAUUGAAGCAUAUGUGUCACAACCCGCGGUGAAAUCCGACAAGGCUAUCAUCGUCAUUCAAGACAUUUAUGGGUGGCGACUUCCCAACACGAGAUACAUGGCUGAUUUACUGGCUUCCCAUGGAUACAUUGCUGUUUGCCCAGAUUUCUUUGCUGGAAAAGAACCAUGGAAUCCAUCUCAUGACUUUUCAACCUUCCAAAAAUGGUUGGAAGACCGCAAGGCCACUGAUAUAAAUAAAGAGGUGGACGUGGUGUUGAAAUACCUGGCCAAGGAGUAUGGGGUCACACGGAUAGCUGUGGUGGGUUUCUGCUGGGGGGGUGUCGCCACGCACCACCUGGUCCUCCGGUAUCCACAGAUCAAAGCUGGGGUCUCUGUGUACGGAAUCAUCAGAGACGAUGAAGACAGGUACAACCUGCGGAGUCCUACUUUAUUCAUUUUCGGUGAAAACGAUGCAGUUAUACCUCUCGAUCAGGUGACCGUCCUUGAGAAGAAGUUACAGGAAAAAUGUACCGUUGACUUCCAAGUGAAGAUUUUUCCAGGACAAACCCACGGCUUUGUUCACCGCAAAAGGGAAGACAUAAAUCCCUCUGACAGCCCCUUUAUUCAGGAGGCCAGAAUGGACAUGCUGAAUUGGCUGAAGAAAUAUGUCUGACGUCUGAUCUGAAGGCAAUGCAGAGUUGUGAUCGUAUAGCUGUUUUUGGUAGCCACUGCAUAAAAAUUGACUUGCAAUACCAAUAUGCAUUAAUCAUGCAUUCCGUUUGAAUCUGUAUUUCAAUACAUUUACUUCUUUGCGAUAACCGAUGAUUUCAUAUAGGCAUUACUAAUCAAAUAAUAUAUAUAUUAAUAAUCUAAAACAGUUUAUACUUUUUCAUAAAUAAAUGGCAUUUUCUGACAAUAUUACUUGUACUUGAUGGCAGCUUCGAUGGAUGCAACCAGGGAUAGUGUUCACAUUGGGGAACAAAAUUAUAUGCAGAGGAACAAAAUUUAAUGCCAGGUUAUAUAAUGCUGCAUGUUAUAUCUAGCUAUAUAUUGCAUAAUUCUGUAUUGUAAUGGCUCAUAUUUGCUUCCUGUUUUCCUUUUAUGGAUAGUGUAUUAGACUCUCCACAUACAAACUGAUUGUGUGUCGAGUUGAGGCUAAGCUACUGUUAAAGAAACUCAACUGCAGUUACUGUAUGUUGCUAGUAAGGACACUCCUACUUCUAAGCCAAAUCCCAGGUGAUGGUAGUGGGGUGUUAUCUUCACACUUCUUAAACAAAUUUCACCGAGGCCAUUCAGUCAUUCAUCAUUGUUUUCACCAUCUACGUCCAAAUGUCUGGUGAACGUCAGUGAAUAAAGACAUUCUAAACACA